GUUCCAUCUGCUGCUUUAGAAGAAUCGAUGGAAAAAGAGAAGCCUGUUCGUUUGCGCUUCAACUCUCAGCCGACCAUACACUGGACGCCAGCGCCUUUAUCGUUUUUUGGCACAAACAGUAAAAAUUUGCCACGUGGCGGUUUGAUACGCAGCGUUUCAGUGACUUAUCCCGGUGGACGACCGAAUGUUGUCACGCAAAGGCCACGCUCGCACCAUCUUCCAUCACUGCAUGCAAAACCACGUAGUGCACUGUCAUCUGGAUGCAGCAUCGAGAAGCCGACGCGAAAGUCGGGAACAGCAGCUCGCGAUCGAAUGUUUCUCACCAGAUCGCUGUACGAAAUACAGAAUUCGGCCCUGGCAAACUGUCUAGCCAGUUCGCAUCCUGAUAGACUCGAAACUUCGUUCUCAACUGAUGGCGGAUCGUUAUAA